AUGGCGGCGCAAAAAGUAACGAUCGAGUCUCUACCAACCCUCCUCGCCAAUGACACGUGCGUCAAGCUGGCGGGCGUAGACAUCGAUGGCGUCCUGCGCGGAAAGCUGGUCAACAAGUCCAAGUUCCUGUCUAUUGCUCAGGCCGGAUUCGGCUUCUGCUCCGUCAUCUUCGGCUGGGACAUGCACGACAGGACGUACUUCCGCGAGUUGUCCAUCUCCAAUGCCGCAAAUGGGUAUCGCGACAUCCUCGCCAUCCCUGACCUGUCUACCUUCCGAAGGAUCCCCUGGGAGGACAACGUCCCCUUCUUCCUAGUCAGCUUCUUCGACCCUGAUACCAAGGAGCCGCUCUGCGCCUGCCCGCGUGGUCUGCUGCGCAUCCAGCUCGACAAGCUGUCUGAGCAUGGGUACGGCGCAAUGGCCGGAGCCGAGUAUGAAUUCUACCAGUUCCGCAACCCCGACCCCAAAACUUCCUCCCCGGCUGCCUUCCUCAAAGAGAACCCCCCUCACAAGCUCCCCGCCCUGACAGAGGGCAUGUUCGGCUACUCGCUCACACGCCCCGUCCACAACAAGGAGUACUUUUACGACAUCUUCAACACGUGCGCCGCCUUUGACUGCGGCAUUGAGGGCUGGCACACCGAAUCCGGCCCGGGCGUCUUUGAGGCCGCCCUGGAGUUCGGCGACAUCGCCUCCAUGGCCGACCGUGCUGGCCUGUUCAAGUACACGGUCAAGAGCGUCGGCGCUCGCCACGGCAUCACCCCCUGCUUCAUGGCCAAGCCCAAGGCCGGCCUCCCCGGAAACAGCGGCCACAUGCACGUCUCCGUCGUGGACGGCACCGGCAAGAACCUGUUCGCCAGGGACACGCCAGACCCGAACCCACAGUGGGCCGACAUCGCCGGCCUGUCCGACCUGGGCCGCCACUUUCUGGCCGGCAUCCUCGACGGCUUGGCGGACGUCAUGCCCCUCCUUGCCCCGACCGUCAAUUCGUACAAGCGCCUCGUCGAGAACUUUUGGGCCCCCGUCACCGUCUCGUGGGGCUUGGAGCACCGCGCCGCCUCUAUCCGCCUCAUCGCCCCCCCCACUGCCAAGCCUUCGGCCACUCGCUUCGAGGUCCGCGUCCCCGGCGCCGACACAAACGCCCACCUCGUGCUUGCCGCCAUCCUGGGCCUCGGCUGGCGCGGCGUCGAGAAGAAGCUGGCCAUUCCGACGCCCCCGCUCGCCUCGGGACAGGACGUUGGUGGCGAGGCCGAUAAGGGCAAGCGCCUUGCCAAGACCCUGGCCGAUGCUACCGCCACCUUCGCUCGCAAGGGCAGCGUUGCGCGCGAAGUGUUUGGUGAUGCGUUUGUCGAUCACUAUGCUGGUACAAGGGAGCACGAGGUUAGGUUGUUUGACGAGGCAGUGACCGAUUGGGAAAUGCAACGGUACAUCGAGACCGUGUAG